AUGGUCAAGGACGGUUCCGCUGACAGGGUUGCGUUCCUCACAAUCUCUAUAUUUCACAAUCCCAGUAUGAUGUCUUUGCCCAAGCGUAUAAUUAAGGAAACUGAACGUCUCGUAGCCGAUCCAGCCCCAGGAAUCUCUGCUAGUCCUCACGAUGAUAAUCUUCGAUACUUUGACGUUACCAUUGUUGGCCCAGACGGUAGCCCGUUUGAAGGUGGCAAUUUCAAACUAGAGUUAUUCCUGCCAGAAGAAUACCCCAUGGCGCCCCCGAAAGUUAGAUUCCUGACCAAGAUCUAUCAUCCUAAUAUCGAUAAGCUCGGAAGGAUCUGUUUAGACAUUCUCAAAGACAAAUGGUCGCCGGCUCUUCAAAUCCGUACUGUCCUGCUCUCAAUUCAGGCACUCUUGAGUGCUCCCAAUCCUGAUGAUCCCCUUGCAACCGAUGUCGCGAAGCAUUACAAGGAAAACGAGAAGGACGCGCAACGUGUGAGCCGGGAGUGGACACAGAAAUAUGCAGCGGAGUGAUACUCUUUUUGAGUGACGGGGAAAUGUUUAGAAGGAAUGGGACGAGGCCACAACCGUUCAAGCUGACGACGAGAUACAUUUCACACGGUAUCUUACAGCACCGCGGUCGUGCUGUGUUGGUUUUCUUUUCUUGCCAUUGCUGAAUCAAACAUGUAUAUUUAGAAUGUCAUUCCUUAAACCUUCAAGGCGAACUAUAUUCAAUGCUGGUGGUUCUCCAUUAUAGCACUGCACCCAUGAUUACUG